UUCCAGCAAGCGAGUCAAAGAAAAAGAGCAACUUUUCUCCUGCUUGAAAUGUCCAAAAACGCCGAAUAUGUAAACACAAGACAAAAUGUUCCCUUGCCCAGUAUUCCUACUGAUGAUGAUGACGACGUUGGUUAUUAUAAUCAGAAUACAAGUCGUUCUACAAUGUCUUCUAGUGACUCGAACUCAAGUAGAGAGAUACUAGAGGGCUUGGAGAAUUCAUCGAGUAGUGUGAUCAAUGAACUGGACGAAGUUCUUAAUGACGAGUCGAAGUCGGCGUCGGGAAAUGCACAACGUAAUAUUUCACUCAGUGUGGUUGAGAAGACAAGCCCCAUGCUUGUUUCACCUGCAAAAAACCGAGCGCGUCCUCCUGCUGUUUAUAACAUGAAGAGUAGUUUUAAAUCAGAUGACGGGACAGAGGCUCCGACUUAUGACUUUAUUCCAGAACCUGAUUAUUCACCACCGCCGUCACCGACGAAUCGGUCGGGAAGUGAGUUUUCAUCAGGAAUAGGGUCACUUGAAGGAGACAAACACUCUUCUGGUGUGUAUAAGCAAGUUAUAACCCGUAGAGACUCGGAUAAUGAAAAGCAAGUGACAAACCAUAGGGUGUCUGGGAACUAUAAUCAAGUGAUACGGAAAGAACCGCAGAAUACACGGUCAUCCGGAGACUAUACAAAAGCUAUUAAACCCGCCCCUGGUGCAGUCAAUGUUAUGUCUAAUUUCACUGAAAUCCCAAAACUAAAACGAAUUGGAUCUAAAGACACAAUUGAAAAAACAGACGAGGUUGAAAAAGUAAGUCCAAGGGAAAAAAGUCCGCGCGAUUCUGAUCAACCUGAGUACACAAAUAAUAAAAUAUCUGUGAAACAGAUGCAAGCAAACAUAGAAAACACUUACGUUAAUGAAGUAAAAGAUAAACCUGAAGAGAAAUCCGAAAAAAUACCCAGUCCGAGAGAUAAAAGUAAGUCUCCGGCACCGGCACCGCCAGGACAACGACGUGCGCCGCCGCCACCCCCCGGCAGUAUACCUCCAGCACCUCCACCAUGUAACGCACCAGUACCGCCGGCUGCUCCGCCACCAUUAUGGCACGUAAAGCAGACAAAGGGAAAAUUGAAACAAGUUCACUGGACACGAACACCGAAGCCAUUGGUUCAACAUUCUAUUUGGGAACGGCCACAUGAUAUGACAGCUAGGUUAAAUCUCAGCCUCCUUGAAGACCAGUUUUCUCUUAAAGAGAGAGAUCCUCCGCCGUCGCCAGGUUCAAAAUCACCAUCAGUAGGCAAACAACAGCUGUUAGUAGACGCAAAACGAGCCCAGAUUCUUGACAUUUUCAUGUCUGGUUUAAAGAGUGAAGGUACCAGAAAACUGGUAGAUGUCUUGAACAGUGUUACUGAACACGAUAGUUUUCCUGCUGAAAAACUCACCACUAUAAGAAGGUAUCAGCCAACAGAGGAUGAAAUUGAUAUGUACAAAGCUUACGCCAACAAGAAGCACGAGUUACAUCCUGUAGAUCAGUUUAUGCUCGAAUUAUGUGAAAUUCCUUGCCUUAGUAUUAGAAUAGAUAUUUGCCUGACACUUUGGGAAUUUCCAUGGCAAUUUGAAUCCACGUGCCAGCUUGUUGACCAAGUUCAUGCGGCAUGUGAUGAGCUUUUGAACAGUCAGAUGUUUGUUCUUGUACUAGAAUACCUUCUUGCUAUUGGAAAUCACUUGAACAGAAACUGGUCGGAAAGUCACGUGUCUGCGGGCUUUCAAGUUACUUCUUUAGAUAAGAUUUUAAGUACUCGUGGCAAGGAUACAGGUUACACACUGAUACAUUUCCUUGUUGAGCAACUGCGCAUGUCUGAUCCUGGACUACUACAGUGGACAGAAACUGUACAAAUGGUGAAGAAAUGUGAACAGAUUUCUGUGAAGUCUGUAGCAGCAGAAAGUGAAGUAUUAAAAGGCGAUUUGUCAAAAGUGAAACGGCAUUUAAAAACAUUAAAAUCCCAGGCAGUAUGUUGUUCGAGACAAGACAACAAAUUUCAACAGGAUGCUCAGAACUUGACUAUUGAAUAUGAGAUGAAACUGGAGAAGCUUGACAGACGUGCAGGGGAAUUACAUAUCAAAUACAGGAAAAUACUGACACGAUUUGGGGAGCCCCUUUACCAGAAAUCCGAUCAAAUGUUUGCUGUUGUUGCAAACUUUGCUGAUAAAUUUAAAGUUGCAAUAAAAGACUUAGACACAAAAACUGUGGAGAGAAAGUCAACAUCGUGAAGAGGCAAGGGAAAGGGGAACAACUGUGUUGACGCACAUAAUAAACCUUGAAGAGGCAAACAUUUGCACGUCUUCUUGUACCGUUUUAUUUAACCUUUAGCCUGCUAAAUUUCUAAAAUGGACUAGUCCAUCAUUCAAUUUGGGCAAUACCAUUUAAUAUUCGAAUGGGUGUUUACUGAAAAUUUAUUGACUGAAUAGCGAACAGUGCAGACCAUGAUCAGACUGCACGGAUGUGCAGGCUGAUCUUGGUCUGAACUGGUCGCAAAGGCAGAAUCACUUGCCGCCAGCAUGCUAAAGGUUAAACAGACCCAACUUGAGUGGGAAUAUAUUAAAGAUGCAGUGUUACCGUUUUCUUGCAAUUAAGAGGUUUAUUGACGUUAUACUGACAUAAAAAAAGAAACGUCUAUAAAUGUAUAUGUUUCAUGAUGCCAUUUUAUAAUAAAAUCUGUAACAUUA